CUUUCUUCCGCUGAAAACCAAAGGUUUAAUGGUUAUGGAGGAAUAGGCGAUUAUUAAAGCGGACUACCUUCAAUCGUAACGUGAGUAAUUUGUGAUUAUUCGUUGGUUUUGGUGGUAAACAAAUGCCUCGAUACAAGGAUGAGCUGCCUGCUGUUCGUGUUUACACAGUCUGUGAUGAAUCAAGGUAUCUGAUAGUGAGGAAUGUUCCAUCCUUGGGUUGUGGUGAUGAGCUGUUAAAAUUGUUCUCUUCUUAUGGAGAUGUAGAAGAGUGUAAACCAAUGGAUGCAGAAGAUUGUGAUCAAUUCACUGAUGUAUACUGGGUAAAGUUUCGUCUGGUCAGUAAUGCCAGGUUUGCAAAGAGGAAACUAGACGAGUAUGUUUUCCUUGGAAAUCGACUUGGUGUUUCAUAUGCUCCUCAGUUUGAGAGCCUUGCUGACACAAAGGACAAACUAGAAGGCAGGAGAAGAGAAGUUCUUGCACGAUUGAACCCUUGUAGAUCUAAAGGUUCCACAGUUAACAAGCCAGGUGCUUUGACUGAGAAUUCUUUUGAUGCAACCCCUUCCCAGACUAACAGCGAUCCCCAACUUUUAAACUGUACCCCAAGGGACUAUGGACAAUCACAACUUACCUCGCAUGUUAGUAAUCCUCCCAUUCCGGGAGUUUCCUCUGAGAAGGAAUAUUUUGCGUCCCCAUCCAUGAACCAAACAGUGCAGAUGGUGAGGGAAAAGCUCGAUAAGAUUCAAUCAAGUAGCGAGGAUCUGCUAGAAGGGCAUAAAUCCAAGAAAGCGAGGGUUGACAAUAGAAGGAGAAUCUAAUGCAUUUGGAGAAAAUGAGCAAUCCAAUUGGAACUGGAAGUUGUUUUUGGUCUCACCUCAUCUGUCAUUGGACUCUUGCAUGCUGUUUAUAGAUGAUUAUUCUUUUAGGAGGUUCCAAUUGCGUAGGAGGUUAGUUGAUCAUGUAAGAUACAACCGAGAGAGUAUAAUGUAAAAGGCAUUUUUG